UGUGGGUGUGUGUGUGUUUUUCUCUGUGGCAUUCACAAACCUGGCUUCUGUGUCUUCACAUGUGAGGACAAACAUGUUCCCGUCCUGUUUGUGUUUCUGAGACAGUGGUUAUUUGAGGCCGAACCUCUUAUGUGGAGGGCAGACAGACGGCAUGACAGAGGAGAAAUGUCCCCAGCUGGUGGACUACUUUGUAGUAGCAGGUCUCGACCCUGCGGGGGACUGGAAGCCCCUGGACGAGGAUGGCAAAACCUGCAGCUCCUCCUCCUCCACAUCCUCCUCCUCUACCUCUUCGGGCCGAGCGGUGGAGUCGGUGACGGACCUGGCGGUGAUCGCCCGUGGGCUCGGGGAGGAAGUGCCAGAGGGCUUCACCUGCAUCGAGAGGACGCUGGGCGGACACUCGGCCGAGCUGAGCGCCGGUCUCAUCAACAACCCUCACCUGUAUCUGUGCUACCGCCGAGGACGAGACAAGCCGCCCAUACUGGACCUCGGGGUUCUGUAUGAGGGGAAGGAGCAGCUGAAGCAGGGCUGGUACGUCAUCGAGACGACGCCCUACAGCCGAUCGGCCAGCCUGAGCUCCGGCAGUGGCCCCACAGCUCACCGGGUGUUCCUGACGUACCGGCGGGCUCUGGACUCGCAGGGCCUCCACACGCUGGGCGUCACCGACAUCGCCCUCCUGCUGCCCAGCAAAGGAGAGGUCGCCCCGCACACCUUCUGCAGAGUCGACAAGAACCUCAACACCGGCAUGUGGGGUCCGGCUCUGUAUGUGUGCUACAAGAGAGCUGUGGCCAAAGCCAACGCCCUCGUCUACAAAGCCAGUCUGAUCAGCCGGUACCCGGAGGAGGACCUGGAGUCGUUUCCUCUGCCGGAGUCAGUGCCGGUCUUCUGUCUGCCGAUGGGUGUCACUGUGGAGAGCUGGCCUCUGAACACCAAAUACCAGCUGCCCGUCUUCUCCACCUUCGUCCUCACCUCCGCCUCCGGGGACAAGGUUUACGGAGCAGCCAUCCAGUUCUACGAGUCGUUCCCCAGGGAGCUGCUGUCGGAGCGGCAGAGCGUGAGGCUCGGCCUGCUCAGCGUGGUCGACCGGCGGCCGAUCACCAACCGCAGCCUGCAGGUGAAGAAGAGCAUCUGCGUCCUCUCCCACUGGCCCUUCUUCACCGUCUUCCAGAAGUUCCUCACCUUCAUCUACAGAUACUCCAUCUCCGGACCUCACGUCCUGCCGCUCGAAAAACACGUCUCCAGCUUCAUGCACAACGUCCCGUUUCCUUCCCCACAGCGACCUCGCAUCCUCGUUCAGCUCUCUCCGUACGACAACCUGCUGCUCUGCCAGCCGGUCUCCUCUCCGCUCCCACUCAGCGGUGCGAGCUUCCUGAAGCUGCUGCAGAACCUCGGUCCAGAGAACGCCUGCACGCUGCUGCUCGCCGUCCUCACCGAACAUAAACUGCUGCUGCACUCACUGCGCCCCGACGUCCUCACCUCCGUCAGCGAGGCCCUCGUCUCUAUGAGUUUCCCGCUGCGCUGGCUCUGUCCCUACAUCCCUCUGUGUCCGCUGCAGAUGGCCGACGUGCUGCUGGCGCCGAUGCCCUUCAUUGUGGGCGUCCACUCCAGUUACUUCGACCUGUACGACCCCCCCGCUGAUGUGGUGUGUGUCGACCUGGACACCAACACCAUCUUCCAGUCAGAGGACAAGAAGCCGUUGUCAUGGCGAUCGUUACCCAGGAAGCACGGCAAGAUGCUGUUCAACACCCUGACUAACCUCCACAAGACCCUGGAGAAAAUUUGCACUCCCGGUCAGGAGGAGGCGACGCUGGAGUUCCUGUUGACGGACUACGAUCAGAUCUACAGGAGUCAGAAGCAGCUGGAGCUGGAGAUCCAGGAGGCGUUCCUUCGCUUCAUGAGCUGCCUGCUGCGAGGAUACAGAACCUUCCUGCUGCCCAUCACCCAGGCGCCGUCAGACACCACCACCGACUGCAGCUCCCUCUUUAACCUGCAGGGUUUCCUGAAGUCUCGUGAUCGAACGCAGCAGAAGAUCUACACUCAGCUGACGAGGACUCAGAUGUUCACGCAGUUCAUCGAGGACUGCUCCUUCGUCAGUGCCCGGCACGCCUGCCUCGAGUUCUUUGACGAGUGCGUCCAGAAGGUGGACGUGGAGAAGCCGGAGGACGUGAGGCUGAUUGAUCUGGACGAGACUCACAGCGGAGAACACACCGUCUUCAUCAUGCCGCCUGAAGAACCACAGGAACCUGACGGGUCCGAGUGCCCCGCCCUCUACAGUUAUGAAACCUUCCCCACACUGAAGCCGGAGCUGUUUGACCGGCCUCAGGACCAGCUGAGGGUCCCAGCUAAGGGCAGCGCCCCCAGCAGCCCCGCCCCCCGCCGCACCAAGCAGGAGAUCAAGUUGGCCCAGAAGCGAGCUCAGAAGUACUCCACGGUGCCGGACAUGUGGUCCAAGUGCCUGCUGGGUCACUGUUACGGCCUCUGGUUCAUCUACCUGCCCACUUUCGUGCGGGCGGAGAGCGCCAAGGUGCGCGCUCUGCACACGGCCUACGACGUCCUCAAACACAUGGAGAACCGCAAGGUGGUGCUGCCAGACGAGGUGUGUUACAGGAUCCUGAUGCAGCUGUGCGGUCAGUACGGUCAGCCGGUCCUCGCCGUACGGGUCCUGCUGGAGAUGAAGAAGGCUGGAAUCACACCCAACACCAUCACCUACGGAUACUACAACAAGGCAGUGCUGGAGAGCAAGUGGCCGUCCACCAAUCAGGGAGGACGUCUCCGCUGGGCCAAGCUAAGGAACGUGCUGUUGGCUGUGGCCCAGUUCAGACAGCCAAUCAAACGGCGUCAGAAGAGCGGCUCUGUGGGGUCACGAGGAGAAACGAUGAUGGACUUGGAUCAGAGGCCCCGCCCCCAGUCGACUCUGAUUCGUCAGUCCAGUUGGAGCGGUCUGUCAGAAAGCUCCAGUCACGAGUCUCUGACGGGCUCGCUGGUGAAGAGCAACAGUCUGAACAGCAUGAAGGCGCCGGCUGACAAGUUGAAGCUCUGCAAGAAGACCAUCCUCGGCAACGCAGGGACCAACGGCUGCGGUGACGCAGUCUCCCGUAAGCCUCCGAUUGGACGCAGAGACACCUCCACCCCGCCUCCGAUGCCCCCCGGUGGUGUUCUAGUGCGGCGGAGUCAAGUCUGCCUCUCCACCUUCUACAAAGAGUGUGCAGAGUCAGCCGACUCUGAGCCAGACUGCUGUCAGCCAGCAGAGAGAGACGGCAGACCUGCCGGGACUCGAGACUCGUCCGGCAGAAAUAAAGUCGUAGACGAGAACUACAACAACGUCUCCUCCCCGAGCCGAGGAGGUCUGGCAGGGAAACUCCAGCAGCUUCUCACUCCGACGAGACAUCGAGUGUCUGUUCGACGAGCUGCCAGCGUUGACGACCGGCGACCAGGAGGAGGGGGAGGGGGAGGAGGAGGAGGAGGAGGAGGAGGAGGAGGGAUAGGACGAAGAGUGUCUGAACAGAGGCAGUCCAGGAAAGCUCAAGUGGCGGAAACACUGCUGAAGGCCAAAGACAGGCUGGUCAGCGCUACCUCAGAGAGUUCAUUGUCUGUAGGAAGUGACCUGGACUUGACGGACACGCCCAGUCCCGCCUAUCCUCUGCGCCGGUCAUGGGACGCCAACCAAGAGGCGACGGGGCUCGAGGUGUUGAUGUCCAGCUGCUCUCUGUGUCGCAGCUGUAACUCGUUAGUCUAUGACGAGGAGAUCAUGGCCGGCUGGACAUCAGACGACUCCAACCUGAACUCGUCCUGCCCGUUCUGCUGCGCUUCCUUCGUGCCCUUCCUUAACGCCGAGAUCUGUGACCUCGGACCUGUCAGCAGUGCGGAGCGCACCAACUGGAACGUGGAGGACGAGGUGGAGAGCGCAGUGAGGCCCCCCAGUGCUCAGGAGGCCUCCCUGCGACACCAGUGUAACGGUCUGAGUGAGGACUCCAGCUCCGAGACCAGCAGCUACUCUGAGAACAGCAGAACCACCACGGGUUCGUCAGUGGGCGGCACCCCUCAGGUGGCGGUGGCCUACCUGAGCCCUCUGGUCCUGAGGAAGGAGCUGGAGAGUCUGCUGGAGAACGAGGGCGAGGCGGUCCUGGCCCAGCCUCAGUUCCUGGACAACCACUCCAUCAUCUUCUGGAACCUGGUGUGGUACUUCCAGCGCCUCGGUCUGCCCAAUAACCUGCUGCAGCUGGUCAAAGCCUCGCCGCUGGUCAGCCAGUUCACACAGGCAGAGAACUCAGCAGUGAGGGUGAGGCUCCUCUGGGACACCCUGACCCCUGACACAGACCAGUGGCCCCCCCUCUACGUCCUCUGGAGGAUCCACAGUGGCGUCCCGAUGAGAAGCUACAGCUGGCGGAAACACAACCACCCGUUCACGCUGGCCUUCCUGGAGGAGGUGCUGCGCUGGGUCGGCAUGAACGAGGUGCACAAAGCCGUCACCCUCUUCCUGGACACGCUGGCCAAACAGCCGGGCUCCGCCUGGACGCAGAGGAGUUUGUACAGAGAGUUCCUCUUCCUCACUCUGGCAGCUAUGGGCAAAGAUCACGUCGCUGCGUUUGAUAAGAAGUACAAGGCAGCGUACUCUCGGCUCAGCAGCACUCUGGGUCGAGAAGAGCUCCGCAAGAAGCGAGCUCAGCCUCCCAGCCCAAAAGCCGUCGACUGCAGACGCAGCUUCCAUCCGCCACUCGAAUGCUGAUGAUCCAGGAACACAACGUCCCACACGUCCCUGAUGACUCCCGCAGCGUUUGUCCCUGUGAGGGAGAAGAGGAGAGCCGGCAAACCCAGGAUCCCUGCUGCCUUCACCUGCUUGUAUUCUUCACCUUUCUGCUGCCGCCUGGUGGACGUCGGAGUGACGCGCUCCGUCCUGUCCUCUGUAGCUCUGUUUGCCUCGUCGAUGUGAAUCCAGCAGCUCUUUGUCUUCAUUUAAGAUCCUGAAAGUUGAUCCGGAUGUAGCAGACGGAGCUCAUCUGGACUGAAGAGCUCGUACAGGAACACACUUCUCUCACCAAGGGUUAAAACACUGAGCCGAGAGCUGUUUGUCGGUCUGUAACGUGGAGUCGUCUGAAGUCAGGAAAACUGGUUGAAGCUCAGGUUGGUGCAUGUCCAGAGGGAUCAGCUGUGUCGCUGUGAACGUUUUCUUUUUCCCUGUUUUUUUAACUACACACCCGGAUGAUUAAAAUCAGAGCAGAGGGAAUCUUCUGCAGGACUGAAAGUUUUAGCCACAGUGAGUCAGGAUGUCAGAUUUGCUGUUCCGAGUGUGACCAAGGUUGGCAGUCAGGAUUUUAUAAGAAAAAAGGUCAAAUAAGGAUUAAAAUGCAGAGCAGAGCAUCAACACAACACGACCCGAUGAGAAGCUUCAGAGUUGAACAAGUCCAGGAAACUCCUGAUGGUCUCUCCACCCCUCUGUCUGUGUGUGUGUCUGAUUGUAAGCAUGAUCAAGGCAGCGAGGUUUGGUUUGUAAAAGGGAAAAUAAAGUCAGAAGUCAACGUUCAUCAUCAGGCAGUCGAGGAAAUCACCAAACAAGAAGCUGAAAUUUUAAGUCUCUGAAACUUCAAAUCUUCGGUCUGUUGGGAUUUUUCCAGAGGACAAAGACUCUUGGACAGUUUUAAUAUGAAGCUACAUCAAAGUUUUAAGGUUUUGAAAAUUUGGUCGCCCAAUCGCGCUUUGGACACUGGACCUGAGAAGACGCCACUAUCAUCCUUCAAAUCAGGAAAAACAACCAAACAAGUCGCAUCAUUUAAAGGAAUAUGCAACACUGCAAAUGAUUGUUUGUAUAUCAAUCACUAGAUAAAUUCAUAAAGAAAACUUUAUUGUUCUCCCAUGCCUCUACAGUGAAUGAAGAAUCCAAAAACAGAGAACAUUCCUGAUUAAUUGAAGUCUUUUUUAUCCAGUCGUAUGCUCAGUACUUCACAAGCAGAUGGUACUUUCUGACGGGGAACUGAACUGAAAGUGAAAUGUAUUGAUGCUCUCUUCAAAGCCAGACUCCACCAAUGAAAACAGUAAUUUUACUUUACUAACCACAGGAGCUGCUCGUCGACCACUGCCUCGAUCAGAUAGUUUGUUUGUGUCAUUGUGUGACUUUGGUGAAUCCUUUGGUGAGCCCCUCAGUGCAGAGUCUGCAUGUUCUCCCUGUGUCAGCGUGGGUUUCCUCCAGGUGCUCCAGCUUCCUCCCACAGUCCGAAGACAUGCAGGUUAAUUGGUGACUCUAAAUUGUCCGUAGGUGUGAAUGUGAGUGUGAAUGGUUGUCUGUCUCUAUGUGUCAGCCCUGUGAUAGUCUGGUGACCUGUCCAGGGUCUCAGAAAAUGAAUGAACUAACUGAUGGAGGCAGCCGUAGACCAGCAGCCUCUCGUGUUCAACAAAGUAAAAUAACUGUUUUUGUCAAAGGAGUCUGGCUUUGGAGAGAGCAUGGAUAAGUUCCCCGUCGGAGGUGUCUGUUUGGAAGCUUGGAUAGGUUUUGCUGUUGUUGAACGUGGACCCCUGUGAUUUCAGUUUGUCAAGAAUUUUUUCAGUUUUUUAAUCUUCAUUCACGGUGAUGAUGCAAGAAAAACAAAGUUUUCCUCCUGGAAUUCAGCGUGACACAGGGUGACUAACUGAUAGAUAAUGGUCGUUGAGGGGUGAAGUGUUCCUGAAAGUCGGAAAAUUUGAAUGAAGUCUCUUUUGGCUGGUCAGAUCUGAAAAGUCUCAUCCAUCUAAACACAAGGGAAACGACCAAACAAGGUUUUGAUAACGUUCUCAGCAUCUCUUUGUUCCUUUUUUUAGUUCUCGAGUCUUUAAAAUGAAGCAGUGAUGAUUGAGACGAUCCGGCCAACUGUUCCUUUCCCUUUUAAACCUCCUCCAUUGUUAAAUGAUUGUCUCAACUGUCUCAGCCGAGGUUUCAAACAUCUGAUUUACUGCCCACAAGUUUUUCCAGCAGUUCAAACAGGUCGGGUGUUGUGUUCACUGACAGCUGUUUUGAGCCAAUCAGAUCGUUUGUAGGCCGGAUGAAGUGGCGUCAUCUUUCAGUGCCAGAGGGCGAAAAAUGGCGACAGGUGUGGAUGAGAUGUUAAAUCAACAUAACCCUUUGAUUGAUAUGACGAACGCUAAGCUAACUGCUGCUAACAGGCUCCCCCACUGCCUCUGGUUAGACAGAAAUAACACUGUUUUUUUUUUUUGUUUGUUUGGUUUUUUUUUUGUGGUUGUUGUUAAACGAAAUGUAUCCAGCAAAGUUUGGAAGAGUCUUUGUCACAAAACAUUUUUCUUUUCUUACUGCGCACCCCUCAGAUUCACCUUAACACCUCAUGGAGAGGUCCCAACCACCAGGAACUGAUUCUUUUCUGCUUGGAUUUACCACGUCAGAGGGUCGUUGGAUGUUUCACACAAACACACAACAAAACAGAAAUUCAGCACUACCUUUGAAUCUCUCAUCAUCUCUGCUUGAAUCUGGAUCUUCACCAGGACCUGGAGGCCAUUAUUUAGAGCCACAUUAAGCGGCUCUAAAAGUGCUGUUUGACGUCAGCUUUCUGGGAAACCGCUCAGCUAUUACCUUCUUUUCCCAUCUGGUUGGUUUCUCAGAACAGAAUCAUCAUCUUUUAGACAGGAGGAAGUCGUUGAAGGCUUUAUUUGACUUAUUUAACAGACAGACAGACAGAAAGAGUCAAAACAUUCUCACUGAAAACACUGUAUGAGGGCUUUUAGCAGCUGGAGACGUCCUGACUUCUGAUUAAUGUAAUUACUCAUCAAAAUGACAGAAAAUGUCCUUUAAACAGGUUAAAAUUUAAAAUUAAGACAAUGUAAAAAAAAGUCACAUUAUUGCAUUUACUGCUGAUUAUUACGACCACUGUCUAAUACCUGUAAAAUCUGUAUUAUAAAAAGUGUAGAUAGAGUUAUUUAUGACUGAAUCAAACCCGAGAGUUUGUGUAAUAAUGUGCUAACUAGAGGACAUUUUUCAUCAGCGGGUUAUAACAUUGUGCAGCAGUUCUGACGCUCUCAGCUGCUAAAUAGUGACAGAUUAUGGCUUUAUUCUUCUUUUAAUAUGUUUUUCCCCUGUCGAUGUUAUUUAAAGGGAGUUUGAGAAAAUGAAACUUUAAGAGGAAUUCAUCAGCAUUAACGUGUCUUCGUGGACACUUCAUAAACCACAUUUUCAGCUGUGAGUGUCUGGUUUGGGACGAGAGUUUAGUUAAAUUUUAGAUUUUUAUUUUAGGUGUGAUGUUGAGAAGUUUUAAGGAAUUCAUCAGGCACCUUUGCUGAAUAAGGCCCCGAUCACACAGAAAGUGUUUCAGCAGCUGGAGGCGGCUUUUUGUAAUUGUUUUUAAUGAGACUGAAACUUUUUGCUUGCUGUUUUUGCAUCACCACGCGCCUGCUGUGUUUUGCCAGAGCGCUCUGAACUCCUCAAGUUAUAAAAACUUCAACUCAGAGCAGAAAAGCGCCCACGUCAUCUCCGCUUUUUCCCCAUUGUCCAAUGAUUUGAGAGGCGGGCCUUCUGUGGUGGUCAUGACAGCAAGUUUACAGUCGGUAAACAAUGGAGGAGAAACUGGUGGUAGCGAUUGCUGGAUACCCAGAGCUAUACGGCCUGAUGAUAGACAGCAGGUUCGACUGGACUUUAAGUGUUGAGAGCCAAACAACUGUCCAGUAAGAUUAAUGAAGAUAAUUAUAAGUGAAGACCGUCAGUCAAGAUCAGAUGUAACAGCUGGUGAUUUCUGAGAACUGACCGACAGAAAUAAUAUUCCGCUGCUUAAAUUCAGAAUCUGUGAACCAGCUUAGCUUUUACCAGCAUUUUGGACCUUUUGUUCUGCAUCGGUGACAGAAAGUGUCCCACGCUGAGGUCACAUACGAUACCUGAGGAAGUCUAAGAAAAGUGAGCUCAGAUUGUUCUGCACAGAUCACACGAAUGCACAUCAGUGCUCAAAUACAGAAAUGUACUCACUGCAUGUCAUCGACUGUCGUAUUUACCAGCACAAAACUUAAACCAUGGCUGUGCCGCGAUAUGCUCUUGAUUUGAUGAUACCAGAUAAACCAAGACGCCUCACUUUGAAGUCAUUUCCUGUGUCAGUCACUACAUUUCCAGUCACAGUGAAGUGGAGCUACAGUCCCAGCUGGACGAGGACAUCUAACUGGCCUACUGUCCUUGUCCCAGUAUACAAGCACGGGAGGGGAAUCCAUUUAUUGAGAGAUGUAUGUAUGUAUGUGCAACUCCUCUACGAUAGGUGGAGAUAUGCCCCCUUUCAGCUUGUUAGUAUUGGACCUUUUUCCUGUUGACCUAUUACGUCACAGACCAAACAAUGGACAAACAAGUUAGCUACGGUUAGCUAGCAGCUAACUGCUACCAUGGUGGACAACUUUACAGCUCUGUACAUUUGGUCCGUCCAAAAAGUCACGGCUCUGGAUGUAGAUUUCUCCAUGUUGUUACCGGCUUCUUCUUCUCUUACACAUUUAAUGCUAUUGGACUUCGGGGUCAAAGCCCGGGGCGGAAACUGUCCACCCUUAGUCACAUUAUCUGGGUGUGUUAGUUCGACUGUGAGAAAUUCGAUUUAGUAUGAUUUCAGUCAGACUAACAUGUUUAUAUGGAUUUUAAAAGUCUGGUUUAAGGCAGACUGACACAAUAAACCAAUUUUCUUUUAAUGUCAUGUUUCCCCACUCACUCAUUUUAACACCGUUUACGUUUUAACCCAUAAUAUUAUUAUUGGAUGUGUCGUAACUUUGAGUCUUUGUCCAGUUUGUUGUCCCAAACCAGACACUCAUCAGAGAAGGACUUGUUGUGUGUGGAGCAUGCUCAGUCUGACCUGAUCUGAUGCAUGUUCACCCUCCUGACUGGGAAGUGUCCAGUAUGUAAGCUGACCAGUUUAUUCUCGUGUUGUCCGUCACUGAGCAGCAGCUCCAUUUACCGUCUCGCUCCAGGGCAUCUCGACAGCAACAACCUCACUGUCGCUUCAGCCACAUACGAAUAUUUAAUUUAGAUUGAGCCUUUAAGAACAAAGUUAAUGUUUUACAGUAAAGAAUAAUAAAAUAAAUUAUAAAACAAGACUUAAAAAAAUAAAGUAAAAUGUCUAUCAUCAGUUAAUAUUAUUUCAUUCAAAAACAAGUUGGAGGGACAGAAAAACCUGAACAUUAUUUGAUUUGGAUAUUUAUGUUUAAAUGACCGACCUAUGACCUUUAAGUAAGUCUUAAGUCAUUCUUUAAGGCCUUUAACCCUUUCAGUCCCAGGCCAAAAACGUAACAGGAAACCAUCAUCAACAAGUUUUUGGCAACUGGCAGCAACUUGAAGCUUAUAACAGUCUCAUAACGAAAACAACAAAGAUUUAAAGGAAUGAAGUAUCUUUUCUUCUGGUUUCACCCAAAUGACACCAUGUGAUUGACUGUUCUUACUUGGUGGGGUCAAAGGUCAACACCUGAGGCACGAUAGGUCA